AAGUCCCUGCUGAGCUGAGAGAGGUGAGUCUAACAGGUCGGUGCUUUGCUAAACCCAGUCCAGUACGGCUCAUAUUGAAGAUCUCUACAUUAUCAUGAGAAGGUGAAGCCCUGUUUCCCAGAGAAACACUGGAAGAGGAUUUCCUACAGCCUGUGGACAUUUGCCAGGGGAUCCUCCCACUUUAUGAACAGGGCUAUGAUGGCAAUGACAGCUGUUUGUUGGUGAGCUUGAGGAAGCUUCAAACUCCAGUCAUGCAUUUUUAAGAAAGUGAUUGGAGGUAGAAGAAGCUUUGUGGUGUUUUUUUCUUUACAUCCUGGCAGAAGGAAACCUAGUGGGGCUAAAAGCUUGCAGCAAACUGCCUUUGAUACUAACAUUUCAAUAAGUCAGUUAUUUUUAAUUAAAAUCAAACAAAAUGUGCUUGAUGCAUCCAAAAACUCGAGCUUUCUUCAGCUGGAGAUCAGCAUACUAAUUAACUAUUUUACCAAGACUGAGAGACCAUUGCAGACCAAACUAUCCAGCCAUGGAGCUACGAGGGAUCCGUGGGACAGUGGGUGGCCCCGACCUGAAGGGUCAGGGAUUAGGAUUUGGCUUCCAAGCCACCGGGAUUCCAGCCAGUUCUGUAAUAACAGCCGUGCAGCAGCAGGACUACUCUGCCAGCGUCUGGCUUCGCAGGAGAGAUAAACUGGAACAUUCUCAGCAGAAGUGCAUCGUGAUCUUUGCCUUGGUGUGCUGCUUCGCUGUGCUGGUGGCGCUCAUCUUCUCUGCCGUGGACAUCUGGGGCGAAGACGAGGAUGGAAUCACGGAGGACAACUGUAGCAGGAACUGCAGAGUAGUGCUUGUAGAGAACAUCCCAGAGGACAUCUCCUUCUUGGACAACGCCACCUCCCACCUCCCCCUGUCAGCAGGACUGUACAGUUUACUGGACAAGGCCAUCCGGGCGGUAGAGAUAGUUUCCCCACUGUGGCUGCUCAACUCCUCGGAUUAUGAGUCCAGCUUCCAGCCUGCUGCCAGACAGGGCAGAGCUCUGCUGUCCAGGCUGCAGGGGCUGAAAGCCAAGGGAGUCCAGCUGAAGAUCUCCAGUGGGAUGAUUGACUCGACUGAGCUCAAGAUACUCGCCAAACACUAUGCUGAGGUCCACUAUGUGAACAUGACAGCGUUGACCAAAGGCAACCUCCACUCGUCCUUCUGGGUGGUCGACAGGAAACAUUUCUACUUCGGCAGUGCCAGCAUGGACUGGAGAUCUCUAGCCACAAGGAAGGAGCUGGGGGUGGUGGUGUACGACUGCAGCUGUCUGGCUCUGGACCUCCACAGAGUGUUCAGCCUCUACUGGGGGCUCCAGUAUAAAGACUUCAUCCCAUCCUUCUGGUCCAAGCGCCUGUUUGCCCUCUACAACAGGGACGAACCACUGGAGCUCACGUUUAACAGCACCAAAGCUCAGGCCUACAUCUCUAGUUCGCCAGAUGUUUUCAUCCCUAAAGAUCGCAGCACCGAUCUGGAAGCCAUUUCCAGGGUCAUCCAGGAGGCUCGACAUUUCAUAUACAUCUCCAUUACUGACUACCUGCCGCUCCUCGGCAGCAGGACCCACAGGUACUGGUCUCGUAUCGACGGUCUCAUAAGAGAGGCUCUGAUCCUGAGGAAGGUGCGGGUCCGUCUGCUGAUAAGUUUCUGGGAAAAGACUCAUCCACUUACUUUCAACUUCAUCUGGUCCCUGAGGAGUCUGUGCAUGGAGCAGGCCAACUGCUCGCUGGAGGCUAAGUUCUUCAACCCCAGAAUGCAGAGGGACGGCACCGUUCAGGGAAUAAACCACAACAGGUUUAUGGUUACAGACAGAGCCAUUUAUUUAGGUAACCUUGACUGGGUGGGGAACGAGUUUACCUUUAAUGCAGGAGCCGGCCUUGUGAUCAGUCAGCCAGAAGGCAUCGAGGAGAGGAACUCCACAGUGGUGGAGCAGCUACAGGCUGCAUUCGAGCGGGACUGGUUUUCAAGUUACACCUGCUCCCUGCAGGCUAAUAAAAUCCCUGCUUGCAACAAGCACCAGAUGAACAGGCGGGUGCCACUCAAAGCCAGCCACCUAGACAGUGGACCAGUGCCUAUCAGAAAAGGGCCGCAUGAUAACAGACCUGCACCGAUGAAGAACCGUCACAAAGUUGAUAGACAGACAUCAGACAAAACAAGACACCAUGAUGACAGACUAAGUAAAGUUAGUCACCAAGACCUGGCCAAUGGACUUGUGCCAAUUGUGGACAGUUACCAAGAGAGGGGUCAAGUCAAAAUGAGCCACUUUGAUGAUGGACAGGUACAAAUCAAAGGUAGCAACCACGACAAUCCAACAGAUCUACCCAGUCAGUCCACUGAGAGCAGCGGCUUCAGAGAGAUCUUUAACGGAUCUCUGUGACUGUAAAGCAUUGUGGGUUUGUUUUCACCAAACAGCAUCUGGAGAACUGCUGUCCUCCAGGGGCAAUGGACUUCUAUCAAUGGAUCUUUGUAGCAUUUUAUUAUUGUCAUUUUGUAGAAAACUAAAACUUUGAGGAUUUAAGUGUCAUCAGGUUUGCAGGACUUGAUCAAGGACACAGAAGAACUUACGGAGGAGAGUAAAGGCUCCUUUGCAGUCAGGCACUUCUGGCGAUUCAUGAAGGAUAAAGAAUGACUAAUUUAUAUGCGAAUAUUACCUUACAACCUUGCGACUUAUUUAAUCUUUUUUCUGUCCUUGUUGAGGUCUCUCAUGGAAAAGGGAACACAUGAAACUAUAUUGAUUGCCUGAGCAUUAAAUGUCACUUCAGCCAUUUGUGGCAGUCAUUUAUCACCCUUAAAAAGGGGGAAUAACACCUGCAUGCCUGUGAAGAGGCGAUGCAGCAUGUGUUGCUACAAUUCCUACAACAAAUAUAAAAAAUAUUCUGCAAAUAGUUGAGAUUUACCACACAGCUUUAGUUGUGGUAGAUCUCUUAUUGCCUCUCCGUAGGUAAAGCUUUGGCCUCAUGUAAAUAGUUAUGUGCAUCUCUGGCUGUAUUCAGACUGAGCUACAGCACAUUAAAACGCUUAAACUUCAGCUCUCUACACCAACCAGAAAGUCCUUUUUGAAAAGUCCAGUUGAAUGACAUUAAUGGAAACAGACAACCUUAUCUGACCUGUCAAUUAACUGUUAAACCCUGAACACUGGUUUUACUACUCUUGUAUUGGAAACAACCCCAUUUAGAGUAGGGGAUCUGGGGCCCUAAGACAUUGAUCAAAUUGUGUCUACCAUGUUUCACUGUCAUUACCUUAAGUACCAGGAAACGGCUGCAAAUGGAUGCAUCACUCCACCGCAGGAUGGUGCAUAUUAAAAUGAGUCUCUUUACGGAGGCUGUGAUUGAAUUAGAUGAUACAUCUGUUGUGCUGUGGCCAUGCAUUCCCCAUCAGUCCCUGCUAUUGAAAAAACUACAGCCUUCACUUGUUUAAAUCAAAGAAAGGUGUGGUGUUUUUUCCCCUAGAGGAAAAGGGGCUAUUGAUCUGAAAGGACCCUUACAGAUAAUCAUUGCUGCUUCCGCAUACAAAUCUUGGAAAAGAGCAGGAAGAGAAUGGUUAUCCAUAAUAUCCUUCCAAAUGCAAUGUUGUGACUUAUCGAACAAAUACUGAAGGAGCAGUUAGAAGAAGGGGCCAGAGGGUCUCUGUUGUCAGCCAAAUCAAUACAAUGAAUUUUUAACAGAGCUCGACAGUUGUUGCAGUUUAACCUCAAGGACAUUUUGGCCUGUAAUGUCAUGCUUGUGACUGAUUAUACCGUAUAUUCCCUUUACCACGCAGAGGCCGAGCUAAAAUUAUAGGAUUGUGAGCGCAGAAUAAUUAAUCUACACUGGACUCAGAUGAUUGUAGCAACUUUCACUUGCUUUUGAAUGAUUGCAUGUCAGUUUACACACGUUUUGCUACAACUUUUAACGACGAUGCUUGUGGGGUGUAUAAUAAUGUAGAAGUAUUUUAUAACUUCCAGAGCCAAUAUUUGGAGCAAACAUGAGAACUUUACCAGAGAGAGCUACAUAGUGAGGUUUUUAUCCACGUUAUACAGGUUGUUAUGGUUAGUGCUUUAAUGUGAAAGCAGCACGUUUUGUCUGAAUUCAUUCAACAGGAUGAACAUUUGAAAAUGUCAUGCUGUCAGGAAACUGGAGCUAAAAGCAGAAAGAUUUACAGACAGUCACUGUGGUUGACAGAAAAUACAUGGGUGGUUACUGAUUGGUCAUUUUUUAGAACAAAAACACCAAAAACUCCCUGUUUCUAGUUUCUCGGUUUUUAAUAUUUGCUGGUCUUUUGGGGCUUUCUAAGAUAACAAUAUGUAAGUUUUUGGACCUAAUUUGAGCUUGAAAAAAUUACAAACAAUUAAGCAAUUAAUCAACAGCUUAAUCUAACAAAGCUCUUCAUUAACUGUGGCCCUAAAAUAAUGCAGGGUUUCACCACUUUUCAGAGCAUUUAUGUAAACAGUAUUUGUGCCUGGCCUGUUUGUGCUGAAGGUCGAAUCUAAGCCACUGUACAGAUGUUGUCAAAACAUGUUUCUUAUAUAUAGCAAGAAUGUGUGAAGCCAAAUAACUGAUAGUAGUGAAAGAUUAAAGAAAUGGUCAAUCAGAGACACAUCAUUUCACAGCUGUAAGCUCAUCACUAUGGAUAACUUCUGCCAUCUAGAGGAUGGCAUGAAAAAUUCUACAAAUUUCAAUGAAAAGCAAAUGGAAUUCAACCUAAUAGAGAAAGUUUUGGUUCUUUCAGUACCCUAAACCUUCUUUUUUAUGUUUAAAAGAACCUUAAAGAGAAGUCUACUUGCUUUUUACUGAAGCUUGCAGGAUUACUAUGACCUGGAUGGCUGAUCUGUUGCAAUAUGAUUUAAUUUCUUAUAGUCAGCAUUGAUCAAGUACAAGUUUAUCCACAUUAUUUACUGAUUAUACACACAGAUGACAAAUUAAAGGAAACAAUCUAAGCCCUUGACCCCUAUAGUGAGAAGAUCUAGUGACUCUUGCUGGUAUAAUUUUGGUCCACUUGUUUCUUUAGUGGGAAUGUUCCCUGGAAAUCAAUACAAAGUUGUUACCGCCUUUAUAGGAUGAAAUAUUUUAUCCUGUUGGGAGGGGUCUCUUUCAGGAUGCUACAAUCUAAAAGUCACAAGGGGGGUCACUGAAUGGUUUGAUGAGUAUGGAAAGGAUUCAGUGUGAGAAUAAGUUUUGAAAGAAUGUUGUUCAUCCUUCCAGAGACUUCUCAAAAUAAUGAUGCACUGAAUCUGCUCUGGCAGUAUGUGGUAGCCCAACACCUUAUGAAGGUUUUUCCUUUAAUUUGUCAUAUGUCUGUGUGCCACUUCAUUUAAAAUAUAAAAAGGAAUGUUAGUAAUUUUGCUCAAAUUUAAUAUAAAAUUGGAAUUUUCAUCAAUGUUCUCAAGCAAGAAUAAUGUAAUACUAACAUGCAAAACAAACAAAAAAAAUCUUUCCUUUGCUGCUGUGUGUGUAUCGUAACACUUUCUCCCUCCUUAUGAGCCACUAAUUCAUUGAUAAUAAUAAUCCUAUAGGACUAACACAAUUACCAGUUCCAUCUAUAUAUUAGUUUCUGCAUACAGAAUGAAUAUUAUAUAUUGUAUGUUAUUAUCUCAGUAAUAACAUCCACAUGUUUAGCACUAUGUCUCCUCAUUGUAUCACUAAUCUGACGGCUGGACUGGAGUCAGAUUCACUAGUUUACGCUGCUAUUAUCUAUGAUUGUGAAACGGAGUGCAGGAAUGCUGCUAAUGCACCUUCCAGGGUCUAUUAUUUGUUUUCAGACUAUUUUGAUCUUGAAAAACAGUGACUAUUUUCCAAUUAUUGUUAAGGUUCCAGAUUAUUUUAGCUAUGAUCACAGAGAACACAGAUGCCAAGGUUUGAAAUCAAACAGUUUACAGUUUCCUACUUGCUAAUUACAGAUUCCAAGCAAAAACAAAUUUAUCUGCAUCACUUCUUCUGCGUUGUAUGUCUGUCCAUCCCUCCAGGGAUUUUAAAGAAAAAGCUGAGCAAUUUCUUGGUGAAAACUGUGUAAAAAUACUAUUUUUCUUGAGGUCUGAAGGGUAGAUGGGUUUCGGGAAGAUAAUAUAAGCUAAUAUUUCGGAGAAUGGAGCACUAUUACUGAGGGGUUCAUUUUAAAUACUCACCGUAAAAGCUUUUUAAUGUUGCCUUCCUUUAUUUUGUUGACUUUUUCUGGCAUCACUGCUGUUUGCAUGCCCUGCCUUUACGAACUGUGCACAGUAGCUAUAAGCCUUUCUAGAGAUGAUGCUAAUAAUGAAAUCUUAUAUACCUUUAAAGAUACAGAAGGAAUGUAUAUUUAUUGAAUACCCUUGUUAAUGCACUCUACUGAACUGUCCAAUCAUUCAAGUUUUUACUCUUAAUAAAAAAUAAGUAUCUUA